AUGAAGAACUUUUGGAAAAUCCCAGCUCUCUUCUUUGUAUGCAGCUUUGUGGGACCUUGGGCAUCCGCAACUGUCAAGCGUCGCCCAAGGUUCCCUGUUAAUUCAAAUUCUAAUGGUGAAAAUGAACUCUGUCCAAAGAUCAGGAUUGGACAAGAUGAUUUACCAGGGUUUGACUUGAUUUCUCAGUUCCAGAUAGACAAAGCAGCAUCCAGAAGAGCUAUCCAGAGGGUAGUGGGAUCAACUGCAUUACAAGUAGCUUACAAACUGGGAGAUCAGGUAGACUUCAGGAUUCCAACCAGGCAAUUAUAUCCCAGUGGGCUGCCUGAAGAAUACUCCUUUCUAACCACUUUUCGGAUGACUGGAAGCACACUUGAAAAGAACUGGAGCAUUUGGCAGAUUCAAGAUUCCUCGGGGAAGGAGCAAGUUGGCAUGAAGAUUAAUGGCCAAACAAAAUCUGUUGCAUUUUCAUACAAGGGACUGGACGGAAGUCUCCAAACUGUGACCUUUUUGAAUUUGCCCUCCUUGUUUGAUUCCCAGUGGCAUAAGAUCAUGAUUGGCGUGGAAAGGAGCAGUGCGACUCUUUUUGUUGACUGCAACAGGAUCGAGUCCUUACCUAUAAAGCCAAGAGGCCAAAUCGAUGUCGAUGGCUUUGCUGUGCUGGGAAAACUUGUGGAUAAUCCUCAAGUUUCUGUUCCGUUUGAACUUCAGUGGAUGCUGAUCCAUUGUGACCCGCUGCGACCCAGGAGAGAAACUUGCCACGAGCUUCCAACCAGGGUAACCCCCAGCCAGACCACCGACCUGAGGGGCCCCCCGGGUGAGCAGGGUCCUCCGGGGCCGUCGGGCCCCCCUGGAGUCCCGGGCAUCGACGGCAUCGACGGUGACCGAGGUCCGAAGGGUCCCCCGGGCCCCCCGGGCCCCCCGGGAGAGCCGGGAAAGCCGGGAGCUCCGGGCAAGCCUGGCACGCCGGGCGCAGACGGAUUAACAGGACCUAAUGGAUCUCCUGGCUCCGUUGGACCGAGAGGACAGAAAGGGGAACCUGGCGUGCCGGGACCUCGUGGAUUUCCAGGCCGUGGUAUUCCUGGACCUCCUGGUCCUCCUGGGGGAGCAGGACUCCCUGGAGAGCUUGGCCGUGUUGGACCGAUUGGUGACCCUGGGAGAAGAGGACCACCGGGCCCCCCUGGUCCCCCGGGACCCAGCGGAACAAUUGGCUUUCAUGAUGGAGAUCCAUUGUGUCCCCAUUCCUGUCCACCGGGUCGCUCUGGAUAUCCAGGCCUGCCAGGCAUGAGGGGUCAUAAAGGGGCUAAAGGAGAGAUUGGUGAACCCGGAAGACAAGGUCACAAGGGUGAAGAAGGAGACCAGGGCGAACUAGGAGAGGUUGGAGCUCAAGGACCUCCGGGAGCUCAAGGUUUGAGAGGCAUUACUGGCAUAGCUGGAGCCAAAGGGGAAAAAGGCGCUCGGGGCUUAGAUGGAGAACCCGGGCCGCAAGGUCUCCCUGGUGCACCUGGUGAUCAAGGGCAGCGAGGGCCUCUAGGAGAAACAGGUCCCAAGGGAGACAGAGGGGCUCAGGGUUCUCGAGGAAUUCCUGGUCUCCCUGGGCCCAAGGGCGACACGGGCUUGCCAGGUGUGGAUGGCCGAGACGGGAUACCUGGGAUGCCGGGAGCAAAGGGUGAACUGGGGAAACCUGGACCUCCUGGUGAAGCAGGGUUGCAGGGGUUACCUGGGAUACCUGGAAUUCCUGGCGCAAAGGGUGUUGCCGGUGAAAAGGGUAACACAGGUUCUCCAGGGAAGCCUGGGCAACUGGGGAAUUCAGGCAAACCGGGCCGCCAGGGGCCGCCAGGAGAGGUGGGACCCCGAGGACCUCGGGGCCUCCCUGGCAGUAGAGGUGAACAAGGACCAGUAGGACCCCCAGGACUACCAGGUAAACUGGGUUCUCUUGGCAGCCCUGGCCUCCCCGGUUUGCCUGGUCCCCCUGGACUUCCUGGAAUGAAAGGUGACAGGGGUGUAGUUGGUGAACCUGGUCCAAAGGGUGAACAGGGUGCCUCUGGUGAAGAGGGAGAACUGGGAGAAAAGGGUGAACUCGGAGAUAUAGGAUUACCUGGCCCAAAGGGAUCUGCAGGUAACCCCGGGGAGCCUGGCUUGAGGGGACCCGAAGGAAGCCGGGGGCUGCCUGGGGAGGAAGGACCGCGAGGACCACCUGGCCCGCGAGGCGUGCAGGGAGAACAGGGCGCCACCGGCCUGCCCGGGAUCCAGGGCCCUCCCGGCAGGGCACCAACGGACCAGCACAUUAAGCAGGUCUGCAUGAGAGUCAUACGAGAGCAUUUUGCUGAGAUGGCUGCAAGUCUCAAGCGUCCAGACUCCGGAGCCUCGGGCCUCCCCGGGCGGCCUGGCCCCCCUGGUCCCCCAGGCCCCCCUGGAGAGAACGGUUUCCCAGGCCAGAUGGGACUUCGAGGCCUCCCGGGCAUGAAGGGCCCCCCCGGGGCUCUUGGUUUGAGGGGAGCGAAAGGUGACAUGGGGGAAAGAGGUGAUCGUGGCCCUCCAGGAAGAGGUCCCAAAGGUUUGCCCGGGGCUUCAGGUCUCCCAGGUGACCCAGGUCCCGCCAGCUACGGGAGGAAUGGCCGGGAUGGUGAGCGAGGCCCCCCAGGGGUGGCAGGCAUCCCUGGUGUACCCGGCCCCCCGGGACCUCCUGGCCCUCCUGGUUUCUGCGAGCCAGCCUCCUGCACCUUACAGGCUGGGCAGCGGGCAUUGAAUAGCAAAGGUCCAGAUCAAUCAAAGGCUUAGUGCAGCACGGCUGUCUGCACAAACCAUGCCUGGCGAAGGGGUUGGAGGAGAAACACCCCCAGAAGCCAGGGCACAGGUGACGGUGCAUUACCUUCAAUGUUAUUCUAUUGAUAGAAGUCCCACCUGACCAUCAGGUUUAGAACAAUGGUGCUAUUCAAUAAAUCCUCUUUCCUCUUCCUUGGAGUGAAGCCACAGAGUCAACAAUCAAGCAAACAAACAAAUAAAACCUUCCCUUGAAGUGAACUGACAGUCCUGUCCCCAGGAUCUUGAACUUCCGUGUGCUAUCCGUGUGUGUUAUGUCAUGGGCCACUGAGCCAGUAAACAAAAACAGCUGUUUGGUUUACCUCAGUUGCAGUAGUUAUUUUCAUUUUUUAUGGCGAGCUUGUUCUCAGAUGAUAGUUUCAGCUCUGUGAUUACCAGUCUGGUUGUGAAGAAACCCCACUACCGUCAAUAGAGCUGGUGCUCAAGAUCCCCAUCACUGGGCUCUCGGGAGGGCCGGGGAUGCUGGGAGCGGUUUCUGUGGUGCACGUGUGGGUUCUCGCAUCAGCUUGAAUUUUUGUUGAACUGUACUGUAUCCCAAACCUGCUACUAUUUCGGGCUCUUCUGUGUGAAAGCAAAGAAGGAAUCUUAACAUCCUGCCAUUUGUAAGUUUUAUUG